GUGCAUUUUAUCACAGAAGUAGAACAAGUAAGAGGAAUGGGUGGGGCAACAUGUUUUAUAUAAAUUAAUUAGAAUGCAAUGUCAGAAGAAGAGAACCCUGUUCUUUCCAUCUUCUCAUUGUUUUUCUUUUUUAACCUCUUUUGAUUGUUCAUCAGACUUCCCCCUUUUUUUCUUCUUUUUCUUCUUCACUUCCUCCUCGCCACUAUAAACUUCGCCCUUUAGUUUCUUCGCUGGUACUACAGUACUACACAAACAUUACUUUUUCUUUUUUCUUUUCUUUUCUUUUUCGACAUUCAUUCCAUUGGUCCUCAACCAUUUUACAGGCGCUGAGGAAAAAUAUAUAUAUAUAAAAGAUCCUGCUCAGCGAACAACUUUUAGGCGCAGCAAGCUACCAAGUAAACUAUUAAAUAUUAUCAGCAAAUGAGUGCCGGCAACAGAUUCAUGAGACCACUUACAAGUGGCUCUGCCUUCCUGCAAUUUGCAGCCGCAGCACUACGACAGGAAAACAUGGCUGACUCUCAACAGAGGUCCGAAUUGAGUUCCGAAGAGGAAGAUGACAUGGUCCACGUGAAUAAGAGUGGCAAUGAUCUCCAUAAAAUAAAGCAUCGACAUGGAUCUGUCCAUGACCUAGGCAUUCAUUCAGAUGGCGAAGAAGAAGGCUUCAGUGACGAAGAAGGUCGUUAUUUCCAAAUGAACAAACAGCAUAAAGACAUUCUUCAUCCAGAGACGCAGCGAUCAUCAAGCGAUGGCGAUGAUACUAUGAAAAUUAUUAACGCCGCUUCAUUUGGCGCCUCCCGCGAUAAGAUAACGAUGGUAGAAAAGUUAUUGGUGGCAUUUGGAUUGCCAGAAACAGAACAAGUUAUUGGAGAAUACCCGUGCUAUUUGGCGCGUUCAUUACUUCUUCCUGGUCAUUUAUAUUUGACGACGGAGCACAUCUUAUUCUAUGCCAACCUACCCGACAGUCAGGAUGCCACACAAAAGGAAGGGUUUUUCUCCAAAAAGUCUAGGACCACUAUGCAAUUUACUCGUCAUUGGUUCGUCCUCAAAAACGAUGUCUUGAGCUACUACGCCAAUCAAUCCGAUGUAUAUUUCCCACUCAAUACGAUCGAUCUUAAGCAUGCCCUUCAUGCAGAGUCUUCACCCAACAACGACUUGACUUUCCAUAUCUUUACAGAGAAUCGCAAGCACACUUUUAAAACGGAUUCUGGGCUUUCGAGGCAAGAUUGGGUUAAAGCUAUUCAAAAAUCUAUCCUUCAUGCCACAAUGGAGGGAAACAAAGUCAAGAUUUCAAUCCCAUUGAGCAUUGUCUUGGGAGUGGAAAUGAAUAAUAUGAAUUUUGCAGAGGCGAUUCAAGUCAGAGUACUAGAAAACGAAGAAUCCCUUGCUAUUGAAGAGUACCACUUCGCCUAUUUUGAUGACGCGGUGAUGGCAUUGGAGACAAUGAAAGCACAGCAUGAGAAAUGCCAGCGAUCAAAGACAUAUGGUAGCGCCAAAGACAAUAAAAUUUACGACAGCACCUCACCCACCAUUGGCGCAACAAAGAGGUUCGCCCAGACUGCUUCCACCUCGUCGCAACAAUCUUCGCUUUUUCAAGGGCGCCGUAUCUCGCGCAACUUCUUAUAUCCUCCCAACAAUAAAUCGAGAUCCAGAAGCAAUAGCCCCAGCAGAUCUCAACCUUCAUCUGACACAGAGGAAAACGAAAAGGAAAAGUCGCGGCUCGCAUUUCCUUUCUCUCUUCGAGGAACAACUAACUGGCUUACAGAUCACAAAUCUGGCACAGAUGUCUCUGAAGAGAACAUGAUCUUGAACGAUGAGGAGAAGGAAGCCUUCAGACGUGAAUUUUCGCUACCGGACUCUGAAGAAUUGAACACAAUCGUUUCGGGCUAUCUGUUACGUAGCAUGCUUGUGUAUGGACGAAUUUAUGUCUCUGAAAACUAUGUAUGUUUCAAGUCAAAGUUUAACGUGCCUACGAAAACGAUCCUUAUUAUGCCGUUGGCUGAUGCGAGAGAAGUGGACAAGCAAAAGGGAACCCAGUUAUUUUUUCAUGGAUUGGCAAUCCUUACCAAAACGGACGCGGAAAUCUUUUUAGAAUUCAAAACGCCCGAGACUCGCGACAAGAUCCUGAACGCUAUUCAGCAAGAAAUCUCUCCAGCUGCUCAGGAACGUCGUAUGAAGCAGAGAGCACGUGCAAUCGCAGAAACCCCGUCGCUGGAGAUAGACGAUCCUAUCGGGUCGCGGGUCACGGAUUCACUGAUGUUGGGCGAUGAGCCUGUUCAUGUGGAGGCUAUGUCUUGGUCAUCGCAUCCUGAAUUCAAGGCACGCCCUCCAAUGCGUAUUACCUGUUUGACUAUUGGAAGUCGAGGUGAUGUGCAACCUUAUAUUGCUCUUUGCAAAAGAUUGAUGAAAGACGGCCAUAAGUGUCGCAUCUCAACUCAUGGUGAAUACAAGGAUUGGAUCGAAGGCCAUGGUAUUGAGUUUGGCUUGGUCGGAGGUGAUCCAGGUGAGCUUAUUGAGCUAUGUGUGGAGAAUGGCAUGUUUACAGUGUCAUUUAUUCGCGAAGGCCUCAAACGAUUCCGCGGCUGGUUGGAUGAGCUUAUGGUGUCGGCUUGGGAAGCUUGCCAAGGCAGUGAUGUCCUGAUUGAAUCACCAUCUGCCAUGGCUGGCAUUCACAUUGCUGAGAAGCUCGACAUUCCAUAUUUCCGAGCUUUUCCUUUCCCAUGGACACGUACUCGUGCGUUUCCACAUCCAUUUGCUGUUCCUGAACACAACCUUGGCCGAUCUUAUAACUAUAUGACUUACGUAAUGAUUGAGCAAGUCUUCUGGAAAGGUAUCUCUGGACAAAUCAAUCGCUGGCGCAAAGAAACACUCGGUCUCGGGCCCACCAGUUUAGAAAAGAUGGAUGCUCAUCAUGUCCCUAGCUUAUACUCUUGGAGUCCAAAUGUUGUACCAGCGCCUAUGGACUGGCCUUCAUGGAUCCACGUCACAGGCUAUUGGUUUUUGGACAAUCCAGACCUUUCAUGGACACCACCUGAAGACCUUGUUGCGUUUUUGAAUGCAGAACCUGAGAAGAAGCCUGUGUAUAUUGGCUUUGGGUCCAUGGUGGUGGCUGAUCCUGAUGGUAUGACUAAAGCUAUCAUUGAGGCUGUUGUCAAAUCUGGGGUCCGAGCCAUCAUUUCAAAAGGAUGGUCGGAUCGUGUGACAGCUCAGGAUGGUGCCGCGGGUGCUGCCAAGAAGGCAGCUAGUGAGGAGAUUGUCUAUCCAACUUGCAUCUACAUGCUCAAAUCUGUGCCUCACGACUGGUUGUUCCCUCAAUUGGCAGGUUGUGUUCAUCAUGGAGGCGCGGGUACGGCUGCAGCCGGAUUGCGGGCUGGUAUUCCAACAGUGAUCAAGCCCUUCUUUGGUGAUCAAUACUUUUGGGCGCAACGUUUGGAGGAAGCUGGAGUUGGUGUGUGGUGCCACGAUUUGACAGUCAAGAAGCUCACAUCAGCCCUUAUUACGAUUACAACAGAUGAAAAGAUGAUCAGGAAGGCAAAGUUGAUUGGCGAAAAAAUCCGUAAAGAGGAUGGUGUUGGUGAGGCUAUCAAGUACUUUUAUCAUGAUUUAGAUCUUGCAAAGCAGAGACUCAAUAAGCGCAAGGAGAAGUCGGAUGACAUACCUGUUAGCUUCAGAGUUGAGGAAGCGAAGGAUGAGGAAGACUGGUGUGUUGUGCAACAGUCUAUCUCCAGUGGAGCCAACUCUGCAGGCGAAGGAUCCGAGAGCACCGCAGGCCUCAAUGUCUUGUCUGGAAGUGAGGAAGACAUAAUUUCACCUCCACCAGAGAGUUCGACACCGCAGCUAGCAGCAUUCAUAUCGGGAUCAAACCGACGACGUUCGAUAUCGGGAUCAAAUCUUGAACCGCUUUCACAUCUUCCACGGUCAGCUGCCUCAGAACCUGGUCCGGAUCGCAAUACUGAGUUAUUGAUACACAACAAUGUCACUGCAGAAGAAAUGGCGGCUAGACUUGAGGCAGCGCAGGGACAUAGCAAAAGUCCAGUACCAUUCUUCUCAAAAGCGUUUGGACUGAGCGAAGGUUCACAAGACAAGGGCAAGGAUAAAGACAAGGAGAGCAAGGCGGCGAAGAGGACGUCGACCGCGCGCAAGGUGAUAGAGUCGUUGACAACCAAAGCAACACAUAUGACUGGGUAUUUUAACCAAAGCAGUGGGUCUUCGGGCGCGGCGCCACCCUCAUCAUUAUUGGUAGUUGGUUCUUCGCGGUUAUCCCUGGAACAAGAGCGUGGUGAAGCUAUCUACAGAAGCAGCAGUGGCAGUGGUAGUGGCCCUAACAGUGUAACAGGUGGUGAACGACCAGUCUCUACCAAGUCACACAAGUCAAUAGCAUGAUUUGCCCGGUCGCUAAAAGGGAAUAAAUGUCAGACAUAGCUAUAAGAAGGA